CCCUCCGUCGUCGGCCUUUGCCACGCACCCUGGUCAGCACACAGGGCCAGCAGAGAGCCAGAGACCGGCCGGCUUAUAAGUGGCAGCUCUUAUAUAAGCCGUACGCUGGUACCCGGCGAUGAUUUACUCCAUCUCUGAGGGCUCCGAAGACAGGCGGAGGUAGCUUUGUUUGAUCCACAAAGCUCAGGAGGUGCGUACCAGUCACACCGAGAGCUCAUGAGAAGGGAGUCGGCAAUGACGAAGAGCACGCGUUGCAUGGCUCUACUGUUGCUCGUUAGCGUGGUUACUCGAGGUGUUUUCGCCGUCAACGAUGGCAUGUUACCAAAUGGCAACUUCGAGCAAGGGCCGAAUGAGCACGAGCUGCACGGCACAAGGGUGAUGGGCCAGUACGCCAUACCCUACUGGGAGAUUUCAGGGUUCGUGGAGUACAUCGGGUCCGGUCAUACGCAGGAAGACAUGAUCCUGCCGGUGCCGGAAGGCGCGUGGGCCGUGCGUCUGGGCAACGACGCAACCAUCCGGCAGCAGCUAUGCGUGACCCGGCACGCGUACUACUCCAUCACCUUCACUGCCGCGCGGUCAUGCGCCCAUGCCGAGGAGCUGAACGUGUCGGUCACCCCGGAUUUCGGCAUUCUCCCCAUCCAGACCGUGUACACCAGCAGCGGCUGGGACUCCUACUCCUGGGCGUUCAAGGCCAAGCAUAGCACCGUGUGGCUCUCCAUCCACAACCCCGGCCACGAGGAGAACCCGGCGUGCGGCCCCCUCAUCGACUUCAUCGGCAUCAAGACCCUCCACCCUCCCCAUCACACCACGGGUAAUAUGUUGAGGAAUGGGGACUUCGAGGAGGGGCCGUACAUCUUCCCGGACGUGCCGUGGGGCGUCCUAGUGCCGCCGAUGUCGGAAGACCUGUACUCGCCGCUGCCAGGGUGGAUGGUCAUGUCGGACACGAAGGUCGUCAAGUACGUGGACGCGGCGCACCACGCGGUGCCCCACGGCACGCGCGCCGUGGAGCUAGUGGCCGGCAGGGAGUGUGCGCUACUGCAGGAGGUGGCCACCGCGCCCGGGCGCUCGUACAGGCUCUCGUUCUCCGUCGGGGACGCGGGCAACGGGUGUGAGGGGUACCUGGCCGUGGACGUGUACGCGGCGCGGGCGACGCUGAAGGUGCCGUACGAGUCCCACGGCACGGGCGGGCACAAGCGAGCCGAACUCGUGUUCGAGGCGAUCACGAACCAGACGCGCGUGGUGUUCCACAGCUCGAACCACCACAUGAAGUCCGACGCGUCGCUCUGCGGCCCCGUCAUCGACGACGUCUCGCUCGUCGCCGUGCACAAGUAGCUGCCCGCUGGCUGCGUAGGUAGUGCACGGACGGCUACACCUACAGUGUUUUUAUGUGGCUGUUCUCAUGUAGGAUGAGUAACGUUUUAAGAGUGGAAUGA